AUGCCAAAGACAGGUUCCUCUUCACCCGCCAGAAACAGCUAUGUUUUGGGUGCAUCUGAGGUUGCAUUGGAGACUGUGGCUGAGCAGUUGCGCCACUGGCGCUCUGUAGCAUUGGUGGCGCGCGCUGAAGCAGUAUGCGAACGCGCUAAGUCUCGUGCGUUAUCCGCCGAACUAGCGCGAGCCCGCUGCGACCUUAACAUGGCGGAGACAGAGUUGGGUCUACUUCGUAAACGCCUCUCUCUUCUUGAGUCCGCACUGGCUGCCUCUCGGUCGGGUAGCUUUGGUACAGCCGGUGACGUGGCUUCCCCCUCCUCCGUUCCACGUGACCUGCGGUGA